AUGGUAUUCUUUACGGUGGGUGUGAGGGAGAUAUAUGAAGACUUUUUGCAAUAUGCUAAUACAUUUGCAAGUAAAGUGCUGAAGUUGCAACAAAGUCUUAACCAGCUUCAAAUAUCUGAUAGUAAAGCUAUCAUGCGAGUUGCCGAACCAAGCGAAGAAGAAGUAGAGAAAGAAGACUGUGGAGAUAAAAAUGAAGCUGAAGAAGAUGAUAAAGAUGGAGACAAGGGCGAAGAUGAAGCUAAAGAUGCACAUGAAGUUGGGGAUGAAGAUGGGGAUGAGGAUGAGGAUGAGGAUGAUGACGGACAUGAAACUGCAGCUGGAGCUGGAUCUAAAGAAGAUGAAGAUGAAGGCUCUAAUAGUAAGGAAGAAAGUGAUGAAAGACAAGAUGGUAAGAAGAGGAGGAGAAUAGAUGAAAGCCCAAUGGUUCGAAGGUCUGAGAGGAAAAAGGUUGAAGUCAUGAGCAUGGUCGCAAAAGUGAUGGUUGGUGAGCAACUUCGUGAAGGGAAGGUAUGGAGGUACAUAUUUGAUUCAAAAUUUAUGGCGACCCUAAGGGAUAAAAAGUUAAGAUGGUCUGUCUUUGAGGAUGCAAAGAUGCUCAUGCCCGAUCAACUUGGAUAUAACCUUGGAAAUUGUGAUUACCUCUUCUUGCCCAUGCUUGUGUUCAAUCACUGGUUUUGUUAUUGUGCUGAUUUGAAAAAUGACAAAUUUUUCAUCCUUGAUUCAUUGGCUGGGAAGUUAUUUAAAGAGAAGAAGAUGAUGGCCGGAUUUAUGAGAACUAGCAUAAUUGAGUUGUUACAAGCAUGUAACCUGGAGAAAUAUGGAGAGGAUUUUCAGAUGGAGAUGAUAUUUGAAGAACUUUCCAAACAGAGUAAUGUUACUAUACAGAAUGGGAUUGGUAGAAGAAGAAAAGGAGGACUGACCAUGGAGGACUUUUCAAACGAACAACUGAGACAGUUUAGGGUGGAUGUGGUGUGGUGGCUGGUAAAUCACACGAGAAAUGAAGUAAGAAAUGAAGUAUUUGCCUCUGUCUCAGCAACUAAUCGACCAAAGAGGGCAGGAAAGGAGUAUAGAUGA